AUGGCGGAUGCGCUUGCCACUCUAGCAUCCAUGUUUCAGCUAACCCCGCACGAAGACUUUCCGUACAUCGAGUUCCGAUGUCGCAGCAAGCCUGCACAUUGCUGCUUGAUUGAAGAGGAGCAAGAUGGUAAGUUGUGGUACUUCGACAUCAAGCGGUACGUAGAGUAUAAGGAGUAUCCACAGGGGGCUUCUGACAACGACAAGAGGACGUUGCGGAGGUUGGCAGUUGGUUUCUUUUUAAGCGGAGGUAUCCUAUACAAGCGAAAUCAUGAUAUGGUUUUGCUCCGAUGUGUAGACGCUAAGGAAGCUGAGUGA